UACAUCUACUACAUUAAUUUUAGUCUUAAGAGAAAUGUUUUCGUAUGAUUUCCAUCAAAAAAAAAAUCUUUACACAAGCACAGAUCAAAUAAAUAUUUGUUGCAAUCAUUCAUAAAACAUUCUAAUUUUUUACGAAUAUCAUUCGUAUUUCUCUUAAUAAUUAAUGUUUACAUUUCUAACGUUAUGUUUUAUUUUUACAGAUGUGAAAGGAUUGCGUUUGAUUAACAAAGAAUAACAAGGAAAGUGGAUUAAACAAUUUGAAUCGAGAAAGAAAAAUAAAAGUUUUAUUGUCGAUCUGAGUAAGACAAAAUUGAAGUUAAAGUUUAUCGUGUAACAAGUGAAAAGGUUUCUACGGUGUCUGUUUAAAACUUCUAGAAAGUUAUGGAGCCAAUGAAUGGACAAACACUUCUCAAUGGCCAGGGACAUCUCAAAGGGUGUUAUAGUCAUGAGGAUAGAAAUAUGAAGAAUGGGAGCAGUGGAAGUAAUUCAAGUUCACCAUCGUCGAUGCCUCACACGCCAUAUGAGAAGAGCAAAAUGAUAGACAUAACACGUGACAAACCUAUUAAAAUUGCCGUACGUGUAGCCGUGCCCGUGCGUGACCAUCCUAAGUUUAAUUUCGUUGGGAAGUUGUUGGGACCGAAAGGUAAUUCAUUGAAACGACUACAAGAAGAAACAAUGUGCAAGAUGUCAGUAUUAGGACGAGGCUCAAUGCGAGAUAGGAAAAAGGAAGAAGAGCUUAGAUUGAGCGGUGAAUACAAAUAUUCACACUUAUCAGAAGACUUACAUGUUGAGAUACAAACUUUUGCGCCGCCUGCUGAAGCACACGCCCGGAUCGCCUAUGCAUUAGCCGAAGUUCGAAGAUUUUUAGUUCCAGAUCAUCAUGAUGAUAUCAGACAAGAGCAAAAAUGGGAAAUGCAAGCACUGAGUUCAACUCAAACCAGCAGCAAUGGAAGUCCAGAUGAUAUUAUUGAGCACAAUGGUGGGAGUGGAAUGUCAGAAUCAUCGUCGUCUGAAGCAGGAACAACAUCAGAACAAUCAAUGUGCAGUGGGUUAGUGGAAAAUAACACCGGCAAUAGUCAGCAGCACAUUAACAAUAACACAAUAGCGAAUAACAAUAAUAACUGUGAUACGAUAAAGAAUAACAAUCAAAAUGUCACAGCAGUAACGCCUCUGGAAAUGGUUAAUGAUGUGGAAGCUGUACCAGCCGUAGCGUUAAUCGAACAGCAAAACGCUCUUUUGCGAAGCGUUAAUAUCGCUGGUACUUUGGGUCGAAAACGACCGCUAUUGUGUACAAGAAACAUCAAUAAUCCAACGAAGAGAACGGUAAUGACACUUUUGGCUCGAGCAAAAACGGCUAAUGCUCUUCACGGUUUCCAUCCCAAUGGUCCAUCGAUUUGCGAUGGUCUACAAUUGCUUACAUCUCCUCUUAUCAUACCGCCGACGCUUGAACAUGUUUUACAGGCCGGCACAAUGCCAACGACCCUUCAAGCCCAAACCACCAAUCCACAAUCCAUCAAACAGGAGAAUUUGCUGCAAGGUGCAUAAAGAUUUUACUACUCCGAGCAUGACAUGAAAAAUCAACAGUGUGGAACAAGCAUGCAAACGAAUGCCAACAGAGUUCGUUUUUAGUUUUUAAUGUACGUAAAUGUAUAAGCUUCGCCAUGUAAAUAAAAUUUAUGAAGAAUCUUUACCUUAACGUAAAUUAAGUGUUACAAGCUAAUAGAAAAGAUGAUAAAAAUGAAAUAGAGAAAAUUUUAUGCUUUCAAGCAUUCAUUGCAACGAAUAUAUGUUCGCUCAUGUCUCUUUUUUUUUCGUUUCAAAACAAAUGUUUCGAAAAGAACCUCAAUACAUCAAAAAGAUAUUUUAUGGAUGAUGUGAUUGGAUUUCAAAGUUAAAUUGGAUUCCAUAAAAGGUUCUUUAAAUAACCACCUAUCCAGUGGUCAUGUGG